AUGGCAGAGGUCCCGCGGUGCCGCCGGGUCGGGAUCCUGGGCUAUGGCCAAUUGGGCCAGUUCCUUGUGGAGCAGCUCCUGACUCGGGGCCCCUCCCUGGGCCUGACAUUGGGGUUCGUGUGGACACGGGGGGGGGCAUUGGAAGGGGUCCCCCCCCAACUGCGGCUGCUGGACCUCAAGGAGCUGCCCCACAGGGAUGUGGAGCUGGUGGUGGAGGUGGCACAUCCCUGUGUGGCCACGGAGUAUGGAGAGGAGAUCCUGAGCCAUGCGGACUUCAUGCUGGGCUCUCCCACUGCCCUCAGUGACCCGGCCAUGGAGCAGCGGCUGCGGGGGGCAGCGGAGCGGGGGGGGCACACGUUGUACGUACCCAGGGGAGCCCUCUGGGGCUGCGAGGACAUCGAGCGCAUGGACAGGGCCGGGAACCUGGCGGCGCUGACGGUGACGCUGACGAAGGCCCCUCAGAGCCUGCGCGCCGCGGGGUGGCUGCGGGAGCGCGCAGAGGCUGCGCUGGCCUCGGGGACGCGCACGGUGCUGUACGAGGGGCCCCUGCGCCCGCUCUGCGCGCUCGCCCCCAGCAACGUGAACGCCAUGGCCGCGGCCGCACUGGCGGCUCCCAGCCUGGGCUUCGACGGCGUGCGCGCAUGCCUGGUGGCGGAUCCCAGUGCCCCGGACGUGCACACGCUGCAGCUGGAGGCGCUGGGCACGGGGCCCCCGGGCAGGGCUCUCUCCAUCAGCAGCACCCGGCGGAACCCGGCCCUGCCUGGAGCCGUCACCGGCACCGGCACCAGGGACAGCUUCUGGAGCAGCCUGCAGGCCUGCACAGGCCAUGGCGGCUGCCUCCGGCUCUGCUGA